UAUUCCAAACAACAAAAUAAAAGAAGAAAAAUUUAUUUUUCAGACAAAAAAAAAAAGAGCUUACAACUAAAAGUGGGUUUGUGUUGCGUGAACAAGCAUGAGCAAUCGAUAACGAAGAAGAUUUAAGAACCAAAUUUCCAAACACACUCUCACAAAAAUUGUUUCAUAUUUUCUCUUCAACAACGAUCUUCAUUUCUUCAAUUGGUUUGAUUACAUUGAACUGCAAUGACUUGCUGUGAUUACUUGAAGUUUUGAGGUUUGUUCGGUGGAAGAUUCAGUUUUUGGAGUUAUUGAGAUUUGGGGUUUGAUUGCCAUGGAUGAAUUGCUGAUGUUGUAUUACACCAAGGUACGCUGAGUGAGUAGACGAGAACGUUGAGAAGACAGGUGAGAAAAAUGGAGUGCAAUAAGGAUGAGGCCACGAGAGCCAAAGAAAUUGCUGAGAGGAAGUUUGUUGCAAAGGACACUUCAGGUGCUAAGAAGUUUGCUUUGAAAGCCCAAAAUUUAUUUCCUUCCCUUGAGGGUAUUUCUCAAAUGAUAGCAACAUUCGACGUGUAUAUUUCUGCUGAGAAUAAAAUAAAAGGAGAAGCAGAUUGGUAUGGCAUACUUGGUGUUGACCCCCGUGCUGACGAUGAUACAGUUAGGAAACAUUAUAGGAAGCUAGCUCUCAUGCUUCACCCCGACAAGAACAAGUCCAUCGGAGCUGAUGGGGCCUUUAAACUUCUUUCAGAGGCAUGGAGUUUACUGUCCGAUAAGGCUAGAAGGGCAGCUUAUGAUGAGAAGAUAAACGCAAAAGCACAGAAAGGCUCAACCAUUUUCGGUGGUUCAUCGGCAAAAGCGGGGCCAAAUGGGGCUUACAAUAGUAAAAAGAAACCCCCUUCAAGUGCAAGGACUCAGAAGAAUACUACUAAGGAAAACACUUCAUCUUCUGCUAGUAAAUCGAAAUCCACAUUUUGGACUACUUGCCAUCGAUGCAAAAUGCAAUAUGAGUAUCUCAGAGUUUAUCUUAACCUUAAACUUGUGUGUCCAAGCUGCCACGAAGCAUUUUUGGCUGUAGAAACUAAUCCACCUCCUGCAAGUGGUAUUAGACCUGGAACGUCGUGGAUUUUUUCACAGAAUAAGCAAAAACCGGAUCGCCAAGCACCAACUAAAAGCAAAUCUAAUGCUGGAAAGAACAACGCGGCAGCUCCAAAUGUUGGAGCAGGGUCUAACAGUUUCCAGUGGGCUCCAUUCUCGAAAACUUCUGGGGUUUCUAAUGUAGCUCAAGCUGCAAAUGCGGUUAAGCAGGCCUAUGAUAAGGUGAAGCGAGACCGUGAGGAGGCACAAGCUGCUACCAAAAAGGAAGAGGCGUUAAGGAGGAAGCAGAAUGUUUCGAAAAAAGGUUACUUUAAUCCAGCUAAGAGAAAGAGGGGUGGUGUGGAGGGAAAUGGAGCAGUUGGAGCUUCUAACCUGCAUGGUACAUGGGGGGUCAGUGGAAUCAAGAAAACAAACUGUACUAGAGAUCUCUCCCCAGUUGAACUUCAGAAUAUUCUUGUGGAGAAAGCUAGAAAAGAAAUUAGCAAGAAACUCAAGGAGUUUCAGUCAGAUACUGUUGAUAAAUCAGUGGCGAAAGAGAGUGGAGACGGCAGCCAGAAAGCAAACCGGAAAGGAGAUAUUUUGGUAACAAUCUCUGAUAUCUUUGCUCAAAAUAACACCAGGAAGUCAGAAGGUGUAAAGAGUAGAUUGCCGUCCGACAAGUCAUUUGCAGGUACUACCAUCGUUAACUCAUGCACGGAAAUUUUGGAUUCAAUGCCAGCAGAUGUUCUGGAUCCUGAUUUCCAUGACUUUUACAAAGAUCGAACCGAAAGGUCUUUUACUGAAAAUCAAGUAUGGGCUGCAUAUGACAGUGGUGAUGGAAUGCCUCGACGUUAUGCUAUGAUUCACAGAGUGAUCUCUCUGAAUCCAUUCAAGUUGCAGAUCAGUUGGCUCUACCCAAAUACCAACAACAGCGAACCGGGACCCCUAAAUUGGAUUGCAUUAGGCUUUUCAAAAAGUUGCGGUGAUUUCAGAAUUGGCAGACGCGAAAUCUACAACUCAAUCAAUUUUUUCUCUCAGAAGGUUAGGUGGAAAAAAGGUAAUGAUGGAGCCAUUUGUGUAUAUCCCAGAAAAGGAGAGGUUUGGGCCAUCUAUAGGAAUUGGUCUCCUAACUGGAAUGACCUAACAUCAGAUGAGGUGAUACACAAGUUUGACAUGGUUGAAGUGCUCGAGGAUUUUGUUGAAGAACGCGGCGUAACUGUUAUUCCGUUGGUCAAGGUAGCUGGGUUCAAGGCAGUUUUUCACCACCACUUAGAUUCCAAAGAGAUCAAGAUCAUUCCGAGGGAGGAGAUGCUUCGAUUCUCUCAUCAGGUACCUUCAUACUUACUUACUGGCAAAGAAGGUCCUAAUGCUCCAAAGGGUUGCAGGGUGCUGGACCCGGCUGCUACUCCAUGUGAACUUCUCGUUGUAAUAAAAGUUGUGGAGGAGGAAAACAUGGCCGACGUCAUGGAUAGUGUAACGAAAGAAACUAAUUGCGAGGAAAUGGACAUUGAUAGGAGAAAACUUGGCGGAGCAAAGGAGGGAAAGAUGAAAGUUAUCCAUGUAAUAGAAUCUUCAGACGAAGACAGAGGGAAGAAGAUAUGCAGAGGCUUGUAGCAGUGACGGUACGUAGCAUGAGAUAAAGGAAAACAACUCGAUGAUUAUGUGGUUCAUGUAAGAAAUUGAAACUGCCCAAUAGCCAGAAUUAAUUUGACAAAAUAGGAUCCGAAAUGAGUUGACAUUGUGAUUCAUUCUUGGAUUCUUGAGAAGUUCCGAUUACUUUGCAUUAUCGAACAAUCACUAUUCAAUAACGGUGAGUUUUGUCAAAUUAUCUUUUCUAGCUGUGUAGAAUUAUUACUGUCAAAAGAAAAUGGGAAGAUUUCAUUCCUGAUAUGACAUUACAAGUGCCAUUUUUGGCGGUUGAAGUUGAUCGGUUCAGUCCCUUGUCAUACCAAAAACUAGUAUUGGAAUGAUGAGGCUUUACCUUCUGCAAAUUGUUCUAUAUUUAAAGUUUGUCAGAAGAAUGCCUUUGCAAUUUGCAUAAGGGUAUGGCUCUGGCUCUAAGACUUUUUUUUAAUUCCUUUAUAGGUUCUUUCUUACAAAAUUUUGUACUGUAAAUCCAAUUUAGUGGCAUGUUUGUCAAUUGGUGCCCUUAUAUGUUUGUUUGUAAGAAAUUCAGGUCAGUUAGCAAUUUAUAGCAGUACUUUUUACCUCACAAGUUGAUCCUUGUUUCUUGAAUAGUUUUUCUUUCUUGUGAUUAUGAAACUAUUUUUAUUGCA